AUGGAGUACAAGCGCCAGUCUCCGGCCGCCUUCAGGGUGAAGCCGCGUCUCAUCAUUCAUGGCGGCGCCGGCAACAUCAAGCCGUCGAACCUCGCGCCGCCCGAGUACGAAGCGUACCGCCGCGCCCUGCUGACGAUUAUCAGCAAGACGAGCGCCUACCAAACAGCCCCGCUCUCAUCCACCGCCAAGCUCCCCUCCGCCCUGGACACGGCUGUGCACGCUGUGACGCUGCUGGAAAACAACCCGCUCUUCAACAGCGGGCACGGCGCCGUCUUCACGCGGGACGGCAUCAACGAGCUCGAGGCGUCGGUCAUGGUCUCGCGCGGGUUCAAGAAGCGCGGGGUCGGCGUCACCGGGCUGCGGCAUGUGAGGAACCCGAUCCUGCUCGCCAAGGCGAUACUCGAGCACGGGGAGGAGGACCUAGGGGGCAACCCGGAGAGCAGCCACCCCUCGGUGUCCACGCAGGGCGUUGAUGCGCCGAGCGCGCAGGGACACACGCUGCUUCACGGCGAAACGGCGGAGACGCUGGCGAAGAAGUACGGGUUGGAGAUUGUGGAUGAGGGGUACUUCUUCACGCAGAAGCGGUGGGAUGAGCAUAUCCGCGCGCUGGAGCGGGAGAAGAAGGGGACCGGGCUGAGCACGUGGAGCGAGGAGGAGUUUCUGCCGCAGGGGACCGUGGGCGCCGUGGCACUGGACGAGGACGGGGUCGUGUGUGCGGCGACGAGCACGGGCGGGUUGACCAACAAGUUGACGGGUCGGAUCGGGGAUACGCCCGUCGUCGGAACCGGGUUUUGGGCGGAGGAGUGGGUUGAGGAUGGGGACCCGACGGGUGCUUUCGGCAAGGGGGUGUGGGGUGGCGAGGGGAUGGUGAUGUUGUCGGAGAGUCUGAAGGGGCUGAUGGCGGAUUGCCUUCCUUCCUUGAGGACUUACUCCCCUUUGCCGGCUGGGUUCGGUAAAGGAGUAAAGACUACCCGUGCGAUUGCGGCUUCGGGAACUGGAAACGGGGACUCGUUCAUGCGCGUCGCGGCGGGCCGGACAGUCGGCGCGGUGGCGCGGUGGAAGCCGCUUUCCGGAGCCGAUGCCGUGUCCUUCGUUUCCGGGCCGGGCGGAGAACUUCAGAAGAGCGCCGGGGACCGGUGGCGGGUCACUGGCGAGGGCGAGGGUGGCAUCAUCGGGAUCGAGAUUGCGGUCGCGAAGGACGAGGAGGGCGGCGUGGUGGGUGUGAGGUCAGCCAUCCUGCAGGAUUUCAACUGCAACGGCAUGUACAGGGCGUGGAUCGACGACGACGGCAAGGCAUAUGCCAAGAUUUACAGGGGGGAUGUGGAGGGCGUUGAUGUCGGAGAGUUUUGCGAGAAGUGGUGA